AAAUAUUUUUAAUCAGAUAGUCAAGGAAUACAAGUAUUCAAAUGUGUAGUGUUUAGCCCAUAGAGUUUAGUAGUGAUUAGUAUAAAGAAACAUUUUUAGGUGUGAAGUUUAAUAAACAAGAAUAAUAUAAAAAGAUCAGAUCAUUAGAAUGAAAUACAAAUAUAGUCUUUAUUUUCUACUAAUUUGGCUGCCCGUGAUCCUGAGCAGAUUACCUCCCAAUCCCUGCCCUGAUAUUUUUCACUACUACAAGAGUCCCUUUGGAAGAAUAUACGGAGUAGUGAAUCUUCCAUACGAUGACGACACGUCGUUAGUGUUUGGUGUAAACGCAUCUUUCGUGGGAAAUCCUAAACAAACGAUACUGAAACUGGAAAGAGUAACUAAAGUACAUGAACUUAACGAUGGCACGGCGGAAGUUGUCUACAAUAUAUUUUUCCCAUUUAACGAAACUAUACCUAAAAUAACGUUAAUCUCAUAUAACGAUAAAUUUUACUGUAGCGGUCAUAAACCAAUAGGAACCGAGAUAGUUAACGUUAGGUACAUACACAAAUCCAAUUUUAUUAGACACGAAAAAGGAUUCUACAAACCUGAAACUGAACAAGAUAUUUCAGAAGACGAUAUCCCUGUUAAAAGUCCAAUUGACAUACCUACAGCAACUCCGGGAAUACCAAAACUGAUUCCAGACAGAGUCACUACAGUAACCCCUCAGAUACCACCACCACAGAACAUACCAAAUAAAUCGCCUACUGUACUUGAUCCACCCAUCGUCGACAAACCUGACAUCGUGUACAUCGACAUACCUGAAAAACUAUCUUCCGUUCCUGACCCUAGUGAGGCUGCUGCGGAAUUCAACCUUGAUAAAGUUAUCGACUCGAUUUUUGCCAAACGAGAAUUUGAAUCUCCAUCGUUAAAUAGUUAUUUUAAAUGUGGAGUGGCUAGUGAGGAACAACCGAAAAACGAGAUAGUUUCGAUUGACCCUCGUACAUCAGGUAGUACUGACACUAAGAUUGGACAAUGCCCUUGGCUGGUCGCUUUCUUCUGGAAGAGGGGACCCAAGUACGAAUACAAAUGCUCUGCAACAUUGAUUUCAGAUAAACAUGUUCUCACAGCUGCACGUUGUGUUCAGUACUUUAAACUUCAAUUAGUAGAAACCGAGGACAUAUUCUUAGUAAUGGGUACCAAUGACUUAGAAAAUUGGAACAGUAAUGGAGCUGUUACCAGGAAAGCUAGACGAGUUGACGUACAUCCAUUUUUUAUGCAAAAUUCAAAAUCUGCUCAUGGGGAUAUUGCUAUUAUUUCAAUGGACAGUCCAAUACAAUUUUCCCAAGUCCUCAGUCCAGUAUGCCUAUGGAAAGGCAACACAGAUCUCUAUCCUCUGGUCGAUAAAUUAGGGAUUGUAACAGGAUUCGAGCAAGAUAAUGACUCUGCUCAAGUAGGUUUGACAUAUAUUUUAAAAGAGAAACGAGCGGAAAUGACCAUUAUCUCUCAAUUGGACUGCUUCACAAGUGCCCUGGGAUUCCUUGAGGUGACUUCUGAUAAGACGUUCUGCACAACAAGCGGCGAAGCACUGACUGGUCCUUGCAGCAUAGGAAACACUGGCGCAGGAUUAUUUGUAUCCAUGGACGGAGCAUACUAUUUAAGAGGUAUAGCAUCGGCUACGCCCAACAAAGGCGGAAGAUGUGAUUUGUCAAGCAGAUAUUCAGUGUUUUGUGACGUUGCCAAAUUCUUGGAUUGGAUAAAAGACCACAUGACGUAAAUAAGUGUAGUGUAAAUAAACUGUGAUCUAUAGAAUACCUUGGUAAUUUUUAUUAAAUUUUUGUCAGUUUUUAUAAGAAAUAAAGCCUUUUUGCCUUAAA